GAGUAAAAAAAAAGUUGCAAUGACUUGUAACCUUAUGAAUGAACACAAGCUACAAAUAUUAGGUAUAUGUCAUCCUACACACUCUCAAUAAAGGGGCCAAUACUCCAGCAAAAUCUCAUCUCAUAACACAAACUCAUGGCAGCCAAGGUUUCACAACAUCACAAAAAAUUUGAAGUGAACUUCGCUACAAAAACUAUUGUCAAAGCAAGCCAUCCUCCCCAAGAGUCACAUACCCUCACUCUCUCAAACCUUGACCUCCUCUCCGGGCGAUUUCCUGUGACAUACUUUUAUUUCUACCACAAACCACUACUAAAUCAUGAUUUCCACUCCAUCAUUGAAGCCCUCAAAAUCUCCCUAGCUGAAACCCUCAACUUCUUCUACCCCUUCGCUGGCCGAAUCGUUGAAAAUGCAAGCACGGGCGAACCUGAAAUCAUUUGUGACAAUAAUGGUGCACUUAUCCUUGAAGCCCAUGCCAAUAUCCCUCUAAAGGACUUCAACUUCCACAACCUUGACGACUCUCUUAAAGGAAAACUAAUCUCCAUCCACGAAAGCUUCCCAUUCCAAGCCCAAGUAACAAGUUACGCUUGUGGAAGUGUUUCGAUUACGUUCACCUUUGAUCACGCGCUAGGCGAUGCAAGUUCCUUCGGUAAGUUUCUUCUUGCAUGGUCUGAAAUGUCACUAAAGAAACCUAUUUCGAGCAUUCCCAAUCACCGAAGAAGCCUUCUCAACGCUCGUGUUCCUCCUAGGUAUGACAAGUCCUUGGACCAAGAUUUUGUGGCAUGCACAUUGGAGGAGAUACAAAAUAUGCCACUGCCAAAGACCUUGGUUAAGCGACUUUACUAUGUUCAUGCGUCAAGAAUCAACGAGCUGCAAAGUCUGGCAUCCGCUAAUGGUGAGAAGAGGACAAAAAUAGAGGCUUUUUCGGCUUAUAUAUGGAAGGUUAUGGUUAGUGUGGUUGAAGAAAGCAAUGAGAAGUGCAAGAUGGGGUGGUUGGUAGAUGGAAGAGGUAGAUUAAUGGGCAAUGAUAGUUCUUUGUCCAACUACAUAGGAAAUGUUUUGUCUGUCGCUUUUGGGGAGGCAAGUUUGACGGAAUUAAAGCAAUGGUCUAUAAGUGAUAUUGCCAAGGUUGCGCAUGAGGCCAUAGGCAAGGUUGCUAAUGAGGCUCAUUUCUUAGAUCUAAUAGAUUGGAUAGAGUGCCACAGGCCGGGAUUGAUGCUGUCGAGGGUGGUGCUCGGCCGUGGGGGGCCGGCGGUUGUUCUAUCAUCCUGCCGAAGGUUUCCGGUGGUAGAACUGGACUUUGGAUUCGGGAGGCCUGUUCUUGGGACGGUGUGUUCUACUGUGGAGAAGAUCGGAGUGAAUUACUUUAAUCAGAGGCCAGCUGCAGAUGAGGAUGGCUCUUGGGUAGUCUCUGCUAUCUUAUGGCCGGAACUAGCUGAGGCGUUGGAGUCCAAAUCCAUUUUCCAGCCUAUGUCUGCAAGUCAUCUCCAUGUUUAGUACCAUCAAGUUACCAAAUUACUAAUUUCUUAAGCAUGCAUAUCUAGUUGAAAAAGUAAGUCAUGGCCCCUCAAUCUACUUUAUGCACCCAUGUGUAAUACUAAUGCUUUGUAAUAGUGUUUUAAUAUUUAUAAUGUAAUAUCAACAUAUGAAUUAAAUAACGUGAGAUCUUUCAAUGAA